UGAAAAAUUACAUCUAAUCGGAUAAUAAAUUGGACCUGCAUUUUGAUCACAAAAAUACAUGGAGAGACGGACUUAAUAUUUCGCCUUCCCAUUAAAUGAUGGAGGUUAGAAAAUGAGGAAUAUCUUACCGGUUUAUUUUACUUUCAGACUCUUUUGGUUCAUGUUCAUUCUGAUGGGCAUCUCGUUUGCCAUCUUUGUCUGUAUGUCGACAAUGAGUUCAUUUCUGGCUGAUCCUACAGUGACCACUCUGGAUCCACAAGAACAUAGUGUAUGGGAUGUGCCAUUCCCCUCAAUUGCGGUUUGCAGUCACAACAAACUGAGUCGCAGCGCUAUGAGGCAAUUUGCGCAUAAUAUGUCCCGUGGAUCAUUCGAUAUGCCAUUAUAUAAUUAUUGGUACGAGAAACUAAAGCUCUUUGCAGGAUUCUUCAAUACGGAUUCGAUUGACUUUGAUGAAGCACAAAGUUUGCAAAACGUCUUAGAUCGAAUGAGCCGUAAACCGUUUAAUGUGGCCAGGGUCUUGAAGGAUUUGGCGCCCAAAUGUAAAGAUUUGCUAUUGGAAUGCUAUUGGUCGGGUCAGGCCAUUGAUUGUGAGAAGGAAUUACAGUUAGUGGCUUUCUCGAGGGGAUAUUGUUGUGUAUUCAACUAUCAAUUUGAGAGAACCGAAGAAACUUAUUAUUAUGCGAAUCAAAGUGGUAGUGAUACCGGUUUAAUUCUACUUUUGAAUGCCUCCACAAAUGACUAUUUUUAUGCCGAAGAAAGUUUGACCGGCUUUACAUUGCUUAUAUUUGGAAAACAAAAAAUCGCCGACACCUCCAUUGGCCAUAUGGGUCUUAUACAGAUCAAUGCCAAUGAUGAUAUUCAUGUAAGGCUUAAGUUAGUUUCACAAAUUACCACUAAUGAGGUUAGGAAUCAUCCUGUGGCAAAGAGGGGUUGUUAUUUCCCCAAUGAAGAGAAGGUGGGGGCCUAUGGCCAAGCUGAUUGUUUGAUGAAGUGUAAAGUCCGCAGCAUGGAAUCGUUAUGCAAUUGCAUACCAUUCUAUGUGUAUGAUGAGAAGAAAAAUGUCACUGACCGGACGCCGGUUCAAUGUUCAUUGGAACAUACCGAAUGUUUGGAAAGAUAUCGAAUUACUUGGCAGACUUAUAAGCCCCCGGUGGAGAUGAUGAACGAACAUCUUGAAGCAGAACUAAUCGACUCUCUAAGUUGCCCUGAGUGUUUGCCAGCCUGUACCUAUUAUCGUUAUAAUUUUUACAAGGCCAAGAGCAGCUUGAAGGAUACUCCGGAUAGCAUGAAUUACAUCCACUCAAACAUAAGGUCUUUGAACGAUGUCAGUUUGGUAAAAAUAUAUUAUCCCACACCCUAUGGGACCCGUUAUCAAAAGAAUGUCUUGUAUAAUUGGUAUCAGAUGUUGUCAAACAUUGGCGGAGUCAUUGGCAUUUGUAUGGGCUGCUCUUUGAUAAGCGGUAUUGAGGUCAUCUAUUUUGUCUUCAUACGUUUGACAGAGAACUUUAUGAAACUUCGUGCAAAUAGGAGGUGAAAAUUUACACAGAUAAAUAUAUUGAUUUCAAAAUCUGUUGCAAAUUUGAGAAUUAUUAAAUGUAUGUAAUGUUUAUU